AUUGAAUUAUGCUCAUGUCCACUAGGUGGCAAUCAUGAGUUCAUGUGAAUGCAUAAAUGUAAAGAACAGGACAACAGAAGGAGGCUAGUCUUGGGUGACACACCUGUAAGGAACCUGUGUGAGCAGACGCAUGAUGAGACUUUAAUAAAAGUGUCUGAGCAAUACAAGAGGCCUGGUCAUUAUCAAACACGAAUAUAACAUGGUGUCAGGAGUGAACUGAAAGGCCGACCAUGGAGCUGAAACCGCCGGAGAGCUUGAAGCUGACGGGAAACGUGGAUGAGCAUUGGCGUGCCUUCAAACAACGCUUUCAACUAUAUGUCGCCGCAAUGGGUUUGGAGACAAAGCCGGACUCAAGAAAGGUAGCGAUGUUGCUGACCAUUGCGGGAGCGCAGGCUUUGGAUGUCUACAACACUUUUGUGUUUGAUGAACCAGAAGACAAAGAAAAGUUGGAUGUUGUGCUAAGUAAAUUUGAUGCUCACUGUUCACCUAAGAAGAAUGAAUGCUAUGAGAGAUACGUGUUUCGUUCCCGAAUGCAGACUCAGCAUGAACCCUUCGAUAACUUUCUGACAGAUCUGAAAGUAAAAGCUCAGUCAUGCAAUUUUGGCUUGCUGAAGGACUCGAUGAUCAGAGAUCAGAUCGUCUUUGGUGUGCGUGAUGGGAAGCUCAGAGAGAGACUGCUGAGAGAAGUCGAAUUGACCCUGGAAACGGCUGUAAAGAUGUGUCGGGCGAGCGAACUGUCUCUGCAGCAAGUGAGGACAUUUUCUGAACUUUCAACGGGAACUACUUCACAGUUCAGUGACGGAGCAGCGGCAGUCGGAGUUGUGUCCAGCCAGAGAAACCGCAAUGCACAGAGGAGGAAACUGCCGGAGGAAGCCAUUAUCAACUGUAAGCGCUGUGGGUCACGGCAUAAAGUGAGACAAUGUCCUGCUUAUGUUGAAACAGAUCACCGACCCUUGGUUGCCAUCAUAAAGAAACAUCUGAAUGAGAUGUCACCAAGGAUUCAGAGACUUAUGAUGAAGAUGCAGAGGUAUGACUUUACAUUAAUCUACACUCCAGGGAAACAUCUGAUUCUUGCUGAUGCUCUGUCUAGAGCUCCUACAGACAUUAGUGUGAGUUCAACUGAAGAGGAGAUUCAAUGUCAUGUGAAUUUGGUGUCCACUGUGUUGCCUGUGUCAGAUGGAAAGCUACAGCAAAUAGUUGAGGCAACAGCUAAAGACACAGAGCUGCAGUUAGUCAUACAGAAUAUGGAUGAAGGAUGGUCAAUAGGCUCAUGUUCACAGUUUUUCAAUGUUAAAUCUGACUUAAGUAUUGUGAAUGGACUGUUAUUGAAAAACAACAGAAUUGUGAUUCCACAAGUGUUACGACAGGACAUUCUACAGCGGAUUCAUGAGGGUCACCUAGGCAUUGAAAAAUGUAAAAGAAGAGCUAGGGAAUCAGUUUUUUUGGCCUGGACUAAAUAA